AUGCUAAUAUCCAUGUCCAACGCCUCAUCCAUGGUCCGAUCCGCCAUUCUCGCCUUUUCAAAUCUCCUAUUACAUCGCCAAGAGGCGCCAUGGCUGGCCUACCCACAACAUCAUUAUGAGCAUGCUCUGACCGAACUGAUUGCGUCGGGCGAUCUCGAGUCUGUGACGAGUUACACUGUUCUGCGUGAACACCUCCUUGCCACGCUUUUCUUCCUCAGCUACGUCGAUAUCCUCGAGGAUCGCGUCAAGAAUGCGCAUGUGAACCUGAAACGCGCAUAUGAGAUCUUUCGUCAAGGAGACAAGCGAGGAUUUCGCCCUGUCGAGAUACGCCUCCUUUCGUGGAUUCGUCUCCUUGAUGCGAGGGCGGUUUCGGCGGGCGGUGAGGGGCUCUUCCUCAUGGACAAUGCCGAACAUCUGCUAGUGCAGCCCUCACCUGCCAGCGUCGAGGAGGUUGACCACGAGGGCGGGACAGACGAAGUGCGCGAAUCAGACAUCGAAGACGUGUUAUUCCAGGUGCUUUACCAUCCUGGCAUUGUGUUCUUCCAGAAGGUGCAGAGUUUUAUGGGUCGAAUAUCCAAGAUCGAUCCGUGGCACCGCUCAAGAGGAACUGUCGAAGAUGAAACAGAAGUGAUGAACAUUGCGUCGAAGAUAUUAAAGGACCUGAAGAAGCUUCACGAUGACAGGCCUGCUUUGAUGGAUCACGCUGUGGCAGGGCGCCUUACCGCACCCCAUGUCUCGGAGACACUGGCGUUCUCGAUCACGCGAGCUUUCAGGACAUAUCUAUCAAACUACCACGCGAGCAAGGUGCACCUCCACCGAGUUGCUUAUAAACACCUCCCAUUAACUAGAGAGACUACGGAGGCGCUUACUCAGAUUCGGCACCUAACGAGGCUCAUGGUGGAAGGCUUAGACCAUGAAGCCGCGCUCCCCGUCAGCCAGCUCUGGCCGUUGCUAAUGCUGGGAUCAGAGGAGAAGGAUCUGGCGGAAAGGGAGUGGAUCAAGGAGCAGAUUCUACGAAUGGAGAAGGUUGCGACAAACGCAAGGAUAACGGCUCAAGUACUAGAGGAGGUUCAAGCUCGACAGGAUACGAGCGGCGCACGAGUCGACAUACGCUCUGUCAUGCAUGCAAUUUUCGAUUCGUGCUUUGCGAUAAUGUAG